CGGGCCCGGGAGGGGACAAAAGCCGGGAAGCGGGACGGCUCCUCCCCUCCCUCCGCCGGUUUCUGCGUUUUUGGGAGACGCGCUGUCAGAAGCCGGAACAGCUGGGUUUGCCCGAAUAGCCGCUGAUAAACUGCACUCCGUGGACUCCGCAAGAUCCAGAGGAGUUGGAGUGAUUCGAAGUUGAUUCAACUGUGAAAGAAUAUUGAAGUCAAAAUGUCUCAAAAAAUUAGUGGCGGUUCUGUGGUAGAGAUGCAAGGAGAUGAAAUGACACGAAUCAUUUGGGAACUGAUUAAACAAAAACUCAUUUUUCCUUAUGUGGAUUUGGAUCUACACAGCUAUGAUUUGGGAAUAGAGAAUCGUGAUGCCACCAAUGACCAGGUCACCAAAGAUGCUGCAGAAGCUAUCAAGAAGUACAACGUGGGCGUCAAGUGUGCGACCAUCACCCCUGAUGAGAAGAGGGUUGAGGAGUUCAAGCUGAAGCAAAUGUGGAAAUCACCAAACGGCACAAUCCGAAAUAUUCUGGGUGGCACUGUCUUCAGAGAAGCUAUCAUCUGUAAAAAUAUCCCACGACUUGUGAGCGGGUGGGUAAAACCCAUCAUCAUAGGCCGCCAUGCGUAUGGGGAUCAGUACAGAGCAACUGAUUUUGUUGUUCCUGGGCCUGGAAAAGUAGAAAUAACGUAUACACCAAGUGAUGGAUCAGAGGCAAAAACCUAUCUGGUGCAUAAUUUUGAAGCUGGUGGUGGUGUUGCCAUGGGGAUGUACAAUCAAGACAAGUCCAUCGAAGAGUUUGCACACAGUUCUUUCCAGAUGGCUCUGUCAAAGGGCUGGCCUUUGUAUCUGAGCACCAAAAACACCAUUCUGAAGAAAUAUGAUGGGCGCUUCAAAGACAUUUUCCAGGAGAUUUAUGACAAGCAGUACAAAUCCCAGUUUGAAGCCAAAAAAAUUUGGUAUGAGCACAGGCUCAUUGACGACAUGGUGGCUCAAGCUAUGAAGUCGGAGGGAGGCUUCAUCUGGGCCUGUAAGAACUAUGAUGGCGACGUGCAGUCCGACUCAGUGGCCCAAGGUUAUGGCUCUCUUGGUAUGAUGACCAGCGUGCUCAUUUGCCCAGAUGGCAAGACAGUAGAGGCUGAGGCUGCCCAUGGCACUGUAACACGUCACUACCGCAUGUACCAGAAAGGACAGGAGACAUCCACCAAUCCCAUUGCUUCUAUUUUUGCUUGGACAAGAGGAUUAGCGCACAGAGCUAAGCUUGAUAACAAUAAAGAGCUCAGCUUAUUUGCAAAGGCUUUGGAAGAUGUCUGUAUCGAGACUAUCGAGGCCGGCUUCAUGACCAAAGACUUGGCUGCUUGCAUUAAAGGUUUACCGAACGUGCAGCGUUCUGACUACUUGAAUACGUUUGAGUUCAUGGACAAACUCGGAGAGAACUUGAAGAUAAAACUAGCUCAGGCUAAACUCUAAGAUCAUUCUUCAGUUAGGAGGACUUGUGUAUUUCGAUGACUAGUCGUUUACAUUUUUUUUCCCGUAUAACACUCAAGAGCAAAGGCAAAAUCAAUUUUGUAAUUUGUUUAGAUGCCAGAGUUGAUCUUUUCUAUACGUUUACAGCCUUUUUUCUUAUGCAGUUAUGCCACCAUCGUGUGGCAGAGACUAACUUUUUUUUAAAAAUUUUCUACUAAUGCUUUAUGAAUUACUUCAGUACUCAUUCAAACUCAUUGCCACUUGUUCUCAUGUUCUGAUAUAAAUGACCAAACUGAAUAGUGCUCGAAAGAGUACACCUAGCCACAGCAUCGUUCUGUAAUAUGUGUGUGACGCGGAAAACCAGCCGCUUAUCCACCCUGCAUGGCCUGGAGCACUGGUGAUUGGCGCAUGACAGGAGUCACCUUCUGUGAAGCAGAGCUGUCCAUUCGACUUGCUCAUGAUUUGAAACGAAGAACCUGAGUGUAGCAAUCCUGGAAGAGACACAGCAAUCAUAUUUGAAGGAACUCCAGCUCGAUGUUUCAAAAGUGCUCAAUAUUUUUGAGGCCCCUGGAGAGUUUGAAAUCAGAGUAAAACUUACCUGUAUUUUGGGGGUAUUCUUUUGGUAUAUUUGUACCCCUGGCCUCGUGCCACCUAUGCGUUAUCUAUGCCACUCACCCUCAACAGCAUAGCUCAGCCAAGUGCAAUACCAGCUGCACCUUUCUUUGGACGUCUGCUGGCCUCUUUUACUUCUUUUAUACAAACAUGAUUUUUAUUUCCAGAAAUUGAUUUGAAACACUAGUCCUGUUCUACGUAUAAACUGUCCAUUUUAAUUAAAGUUUCCAGCUGUUCGUGA